CGCUCCCGACUAAGGUAGUCGCUGUUAAUCUAUGGUUACUGUUGUUCGUUAUUGAUUGAUAAAAAUUUAGGUGAGAAAUUUACCACAUUCGAAUAAUUCGUUUUACUGGAUAACCGGACGUUUUGGGGCCCUUACACCUUGCAAGCGAGACACACGUAACGGGACCCCGCUAUGAAUCGGGACAUCGUCGGCCAGGAGUCGCAAAUAAAGGAGUCGCUGUUCGGCUUCGUCAAGUCGCACAUACCGGACGCCGACUUGAAUUUAAUCGACGAGAUCGUGCUGUCCUACGUUGUCGCCAUACUCGAAGAUGUUAGCUCGGAUCCGGUCUUCGAUGUCGAAGGUUUCUGCGAGAUGAUGCGCGCCUACUUCCCCGAGUUCGAGUCCAUAAACCACUCGACUAUCUGCCAGUGGAUUUUCGAGCUGGCCGCCAAACUGCAGACCGACGAGCCGCACGAGAGAGAUAUCUCCCUAAUCGAACUGUCGCUACCGGAAAUCCUACCGAAGGCAAAGCCAAGGUUCGCCCCCCCCCCCUCCUCUCACGCUCGGAAAACGUUACGAUUCCGUUGCAGGUAUCAGAUAACGUCAGAAAGCUUCGAUCGGCCGAAGCGCAUCUACCACCUCUCGGAGACGAGCGACGGCUCGACGGACGGCUCGUGCGGCGACUUCCUCGAGGAGGUCGACACGCUCCAGGAGAUGUUCCCAUCCGUGUGUUCCAUUGAGAUAAAGCACUGCGUCGCGAUCGCGUGCGGCGACGUCGAGAGGGCGUCGCAGAUCCUCAUCCAUCGCCAGGAGAACGGACAGUCGGUGAACGCCAACGGCGCCGUCACCCUCCACCUCUCCAAGCAGCCGACGAUCGACGACCAGGAGCUCAAAAAUCGGAUAAUCGAAAGGUACUCGUACAUCGACCGCGAGUCGGACAUAAAGGAGCACAGGCCCGUCGCGCCGAAGGUCGAACCGAAAAAGCUCAUCCGCUAUCGCGACAACAAAAUCGUCAGCCUCAAAGGGGAACGGUACACCGAGGUCAAGAAGGGCGAGGACGUCGAUGAUGUGUCACUAAAGAAACAGAAGAAAGGGCAAAGUCCGUAACCAGAAGUGAUACUCACACUCACCGCUUAUUUUAUUAUUACAAUUGCAAUUUAUUUGUGUAAUACUCGUCUACUUCUCGUCUUGGUCCUCUACGUUUGUAGAUAUUUUAGUUGUAAGAAUCUCAAAAUUCCGAAUUUACCUCUAGUUCCUUGUUUCGUAGUAAAUUAUUUAUUGUGUAGGAGGCUUAGGUUCGCGACCGGGCCCCGGUACGGAGGAAGAAUCGCCAAUUCGCUCACCGUAAUCGGAAAUUUAAUGGACGUUGCGGCGCUCCGAAGAUGUAGCUUUCAGUACGUUAGUGAUCCAAUUAUAAAUGUAUUUAGUAGAAUUUCCUCAAUGUUGGAGUAUUUCGAUGUGAAACAUGUAGUUAUAAAUACACAGUUCAUGAACUAGCCAUAAGGGGGCAAGUGUUGAGCGAAUCUUGUCUGCUUUAACACGAGGGCGUGUCUCACUCAAAAUUGCGUACACGCCUUCGUCGUGCUCAAAGCACACAGUGACUGCGACUUGACGACUUGCUCCAGUAGAUGUCAUGCCGUUACAAGUAUUACUAUAUAUAUAGAGUUUUUAAGACUAGUCAAGCUUUAUGUUUAACGUUCUCCCUCCCCGUUACAUUAACGUAAUGUAACCAAGCAGUGACGUUCUUCGUACUGACCAAAAUGUGGGCACCAAUUUCACUGCUUUUAUUUUGUUUAAACUGAAGUCCGACGGAGUGUGCAAGUUUGUUCACUUUUAUUUAACUGUGAUUGAGUUUCGAAUCGGCACAAUACGAAUUGUAUAUUAUUUAAGAUUCUCCACGUGUUACAAAUUUAGAGUUUUCGUUUCGUUCGUAUUUUUUCUAUUGUGAGUUAUCGAUGAAGAAAGUUUCAGUUCAAAUCUCAUUAAAUAUAUGCUAAUCGA